AUGACUUAUCCAUCCACUAGUAGCUACGACGACUCGGAGAAGGAAGACGACUCGGAGAAGGAAGACGACUCGGAGAAGAAAGACGACUCGGAGAAGAAAGGCGACUCGGAGAGGAAAGACGACUCGAAUAAGGAAGACGACUCGAAUAAGGAAGACGACUCGGAGAAGAUAGGCGACUCGAAGAAGGAAGACGAUUCGGAGAAGAAAGACGACUCGGAGACGAAAGCCGACUCGGAGACGAAAGACUUCUUAAAGACGAGGAAGGCCUUACAGACGAGAUUUGUGCGGUCGGACCUCUUUUCGUAUCCGGAGUUCUCAUCGAAUCCGGAGUUCUCCUCGUAUCCGGAGUUCGACACCAGCUGGACCGACAGCAACCACUUGAAGCCCAAGAACCCAAUUGGUCAGAAGCCCAAAGAAUACGAGAGCCAAUUGUUGCCUUACCUGCUAGCACCAGGCACCAUUGGCACGACGUGGGCAGACGUCGGAGGUUGCUGCGAAGUCCUGCAGGACAUAAGAGAACAGGUCGUGAUGACGCUGGUGCACAGCCAGUUCCACGGCACAGACGCGGCUUUCAGUCCCCCCAAGGGUAUCCUCCUCUACGGACCGCCCGGCUGCGGGAAGACGCUGAUAGCCAAGGCUGUUGCCGGCGAGGUCAACGCCUAUUUCAUGUCGCUAAAUGUGUCUACCUUGAGGAGUAAAUGGGUGGGGGAGUCGGAGAAGCUGUCGGCCGCCGUGUUCUCCCUGGCUUAUAAGAGUCAGCCGUGUGUCAUUUUCCUGGAUGAGAUCGACGCACUGUUGGGAAAUCGCAAGGACGAUGAAGUCACUAGCAGUGAAGCCGGGCUGGUGGCGACCUUUCUGACUUACUUGGACGGCAUGAACACGGACACCGAGGCCAAGGUGAUAUUUCUAGCCGCAACCAACAGGCUGGAGGCCAUCGAUCCCGCCAUCCUGCGCCGUUUAUCAGUUAAGUUUCUCAUUCCCAAACCCACUGCGGCUUCCCGACUGGAGAUCUUGCGCAUCCUGCUGCGCAAAGUCAAUGCGGACAGCGACAUCGAUCUGGACGAGUUGGCCAAAAUAACAGAGGGCUGCACCGGUUCUGACCUGCAGGAGGUGGUGAGGAGAGCCUCCAUCUUCACUCUGGUCGAGUACCAUACGGCGUAUUGCGAUGUCAAGUUUAAACUCCCGGAGGAGACCCUCGUCGCCUUCCAUCGGAGGCACGCGCACGUCAAGAUACGGCCCGUCAACAUGGCCGACCUCAUCAGGGCCAUACAUUUUAAUACGAAAAGUGUUGACAACAAUUCAUUUAAUAAUUGUUAUAUUUGA